AUGUCCAUGCCAGGACUUGUUGCGGCGUAUACGUCCGACUCUGAGGAGGAGGAGACACAUGAGAAAGAGAUUUCGCUACCUCCAACCAAGGCAGAAAAUUCUUCGCGUUCUUUUGUCGAUCGUAUGGGUCUACCAGCCCCGAAAAAGGCGGCAAAGACGGCGGAAAAACGUCAAAUUCUCGUGGAGACGGCGCCUACCAUUGCGCCUUCUCAGACAUUGCCGGUGGCCAAAAAACCCAAAUUAGACCCAGCAGCCAAAGAUGCCUCUCACUCCCUGUUAGGCAUGCUGCCUGCCCCGCAAAACUAUGGGGCUAAGCCCAAACCUGCCCCCAUUGAGCCACAAGAAAGUGUGCUGGACGACGAUGCUCGUUUGGUGAUUCGGGACGAAAAAGCAGUGAGUAAAAACAAGGGAAAUGAGGACUUUCGCGCCAUGCUAGGCCUCGCACCUAAGGGCCCUACCGACAGCAAGCCAAAGAAAGCGCCUGUGAUUGUGAAAGAGACCAAGCUUGAAGCGUCUGCACCUGGGCCUGAUAUGCCAACUUCCUCAUUACCGCCACCCACGAGAACAACGUUCAAUGCAGCGCCUGAAGUGCGUGAGAGCAAGAAAGAACGCGAACCUACUCCUGAUGUGGCAGAUGAUCCGUACCGCGGCUGGAAAUGUGACCCAGAUGGUACUUGGUACCCUGUGACGCCCGAAGCCCACGCCGCCUAUGCUGCGUGGGUUCGAGAACACCAAUCCGUGGAAGAGGCACGUUCUCUAGCCCAGGUACCUCGUCAUGCAUCUCUAGCAUCUUUUAAUGCCGCGGAGGAGAUGCAGCGUGCUCAGUCGUCUCGUCCAGGGGAUGUUUCAACAGCAUCGAAGCCUGUGCAGGAAAGCCUAGUUUCUGAAAAGCUUCGUACUGACAAAUUCACCAAUACGCGCGCUCGCUCGCGCGGCCAGCUCACGUCGUUGCUGGCCAUGGCGCACGAGAACAAAGCAGCCUUGGAAGAGCGAUGGGCGCAGGGCAAGUCCAAGAUGCGUGAGAACAAGAAGCGCUAUGGAUUCUGA